AUGGACUUUUGCUGUCUACCUGUUGGAGUUAAUCAUUUUUCACUUGAUGAACGGUGUAACCUAAUAUGUAGAAUAAUGAAAUUGUUUAUGUAUUUUACUGGUCAAUUCCCAGAUUUAUCACUCUUAAAUCCUCCUCAAAAUGAAUCAGAUAGUGAAAUAAAAUUGCAGGAUAGUUUACACUCGAAGGAAGUAAAACUUUUACAAUCAAUUCAGGAGGUUGAAUCUAAUCUGUUAUCAUCAAAAUCAGAAUCUAUUUUUUAUUUUCUGAUUAUGAUUGGUGGUCUACCAAGUAGUCCGAAACGAGCAUUUCUCAUAGAUAUCAAUGAUUUCUAUCCUAAAACUAUAAAUGUUAAUAAAACAGAUAUUGUUUCUUUCAGAGAAUUUUUCGAAUCUCUUGUACAGGUUCCGUUUUUUGAUAAUGUUUUUAAGUGUUCUACUCCUACACGCACUUACAUAUAUAUAUGUACAUCAAAAGAUUUCUCAUCUUCAUGGUUUCUACCUCGGUUACAAUUUCGUUUACCUCGGACUUGUCCUGUUCAUGUAUUAAAAAUUGUUCCUGAUUCUAUAGAUUCUUAUAAUCCUAAAGAAUUACACAGAAUUUUGUAUGAAUCACCUUCUGAACUACGAUGGUAUGCUUCUCCGACAGUUUUUUUCGGAGUUAAACCAAAAUAA